AUGAAUAUAACAAGAGCAUAUAAGCUACCCAUUCACAAUCAUCCUCUUUUCCCUUCAGCUGUGUUUUGUUAUGUUGAAUGUGAUGGCUGCCAUGUAAAAGAACCCAUCUACGGCGGUUACAUUUGCAAUGAGCUUAACUGUUAUGGUUGGUUUCAUAAAGAGUGCGCUGAAGCUCCACCAGAGAUUAAUCAUCACCCUUCUCAUUCGGAGCAUCCUCUCCUACUCACUAAUGACUCUCAGCCGAAAGAUAGUCCAUGCGAUUGUUGUGGAAAAGAUCUUUUGUCCCCGUGUUAUACUUGUCCCAGAUGUGAGUUCAAAGUGGAUUUGAUUUGCGGGAUGAAACCUUCGCCGCCUGCUAUUGAAAAUCCGAUGUGUCAUGACCAUUCACUUGUUUUUAUGAAGAAACGAGAAGUGGAUGUCCCUUGUGAAGCUUGCAAGGAAUCUAUAGGUGGACCAUCUUAUUCAUGUCUUGAAUGCCAUAAUGUCUACUUCCAUUUGGAUUGUGUUCAUCUCCAAAAAGAGGUAAAUCAUCCUUGUCACCCUAGUCACCCUCUCAAAGUCGUCGCAUUGGCAGAUAAUCAGGAUGCCGAGAAGAGUUGUCAUUUCUGUGUAUUUCAACCAGAAAAGAAGGUGUGUUAUCAUUGUUCUGUUUGCAACUUCACCAUGUGUUUUGGCUGUAUCAAAAAUCCACCACCUCUUGUUAUUGAGAAUACCAGGACUCACAAGCAUCCACUUAGGCUUCUUUUAAGCCGAAUCGCGUUUACUUGCAAGGUUUGUGGAAUUCAAGGCUACAGAAGUAAGCCUUAUAUAUGUGUCAAGUGUGAUUUUCUUGUCCAUGGAGAUUGUAUCGGCUUACCUCGAGUCAUAAACAUCAAUCGUCAUGAUCAUCAGAUCUCUUUCACGCAACACCUUGGCCGUCGGGGUACACAAUGUGGAUUUUGUUGGAGAGGUGUAAGUCAGUACUACGGAGCUUAUUUUUGCUCUGUUUUCCCUAACUACACAGUUCACUCACUAUGUCCAUUUAUUUAUAAUGCAUGGAAUGGUGUGAACCUAGAAGGGAUACCUGAGAGGAGCGAAGAUAUUUCUCCAUUCAAGGUGGUGGGUCAUAAUUUGAUACAUCAUUUCAGCCAUAACAAACAUACUUUAAGGCUUCUCAAAGAUAAUGUUGAUAUUCAAGAUGACGAGUGCAUACGGUGUGAAGCAUGUGUUAAGCUAGAUGUGCUUCCAACCUAAAACCAAUUGGUGCUAAGUGGAGUGGCACAUUCAUCUUAUAUAUUGCUAAGGAUCCCUUCCAAUAUCCGAUGUGGGACAUUUAUCCCUAAUACGCCCCCUCGAGAUGAUGGCUCUUUGAGCGUCAAUCUCGGAAUGCUCGGGCAAGGAUCGAUGGGCCGACUUUGGGCCAGAUCGAUGUGGAUCGGGUUGGACUGCGUGGAUCGGGCUCUGAUACCAUGUUAAGCUACAUGGGCUUCCAACCUAAAACCAAUUGGUGCUAAGUGGAGUGGCACAUUCAUCUUAUAUAUUGCUAAGGAUCCCUUCCAAUAUCCGAUGUGGGAUAUUUAUCCCUUAUACGCCCCCUCGAGAUGAUGGCUCUUUGAGCGUCAAUCUCGGAAUGCUCGGGCAAGGAUCGAUGGGCCGACUUUGGGCCAGAUCGAUGUGGAUCGGGUUGGACUGCGUAGAUCGGGCUCUGAUACCAUGUUAAGCUAGAUGGGCUUCCAACCUAAAACCAAUUGGUGCUAAGUGGAGUGGAACAUUCAUCUUAUAUAUUGCUAAGGAUCCCUUCCAAUAUACGAUGUGGGACAUUUAUCCCUAAUAGCAUGCAUCCAUCCAGUCCAGGUUGGACAGAUCUACAGUUGUACGGAAUGUUGUUUUGUUCUCCAUGAAAAGUGUGCUAAUCUACCUAUGAUGAAAAGAUUUCUCUUUAACCGCGCAGCAUACAUGUUGGAAUGUGAUAGGUCAGCUACAUAUUGCAAGCUAUGUGGAAUGUUGUGUGCUGGUUUCAGGUACACAUUGCAAAGAGAUAUGAUGAGAUAUCACUAUAUAGAUGUAAAUUGUGGUUCCCUUUUCGAACCCUUCUCCUAUAAUGCGCAUUCUCAUCCCCUAUAUUUUGUUAUAUCAAAGAAUAAUUAUUGUGAUGCAUGUAAGAGAGUUCCACAUGAUUACAUGCUGAGAUGUGAUAAGUGUGACUUUGAUUUGUGCUUGUAUUGUGUUACUUUGCCUGAGAAGAUAUGGCAUAUGAGCGAUGAACACCCUCUGACUCUAUCUUGUGACGGAAAUAUGAGCGGCAAAAACUGGUGCUGGUGCGACAUUUGUGAGAGUGAACUAGAUCCAAGUAAAUGGUUCUUUAUGUGCUCUCACUGUGGAGUAGCCUUGCAUGUUCAAUGUGUACUAGGAGAUUUCUCACGUCUCAAACCAGGAGGUCUCUAUACAUUAUUUGAGAGAUGAGAAUACAAAGUGGUCCUUAACAAUCGCAACACUCGGCCAUUUUGCAGCCAUUGUCGCUCUCGAUGCAAGGUCCCAGUUAUCUUGAAGGACAGUGGUAAAGACAAUGGAUACAUUUGUUCCAAUUCAUGUUUAUUCAGUUGUUUGGGUAUAAAAUUUGUGUAACUUAGAGGACCCCAAUGUAAUAGAGAGUGAUAUAUAUUGUUUCCUAGUGAAGAAUACUGAAGGGGGACUGGUUAUAUAUUAA